CGCCAUGCCGCGCGCCGCGAUCCACGACCAAGCGGUGCACCUGACGGGGGUCCAGCUCGCGGUCGUCUUUGUAACCCUCGCGCUGGUCAUGUUCCUCGCGACGCUGGACACGACGUGCGUGUCCACCGCCGUGCCGGCGAUCGCGGCCGACCUGCACGCAGGGAGCAGCAUAACGUGGGUGGGCACGAGCGCGCUGGUGGCCAGCACGACGACGCAGGUCGUCGCCGCGCGCCUGUCGGACAUAUUCGGGCGCGCGCCGCUCCUCCAGCUCUCGCUCGCCACCUUCGCCCUCGGCAACUUGCUCUGCGGGUUCGCGAACUCCCCGGGGUGGCUGUACGCUGCGCGCGGCGUCGCGGGCGUCGGCGGCGGCGCGCUCAACUCGCUCGCGCUCAUCGUCAUCUCCGACGUCGUCAGCCUGCGCGAGCGCGGAAAGUACAUGUCGUACAUGGGCAUCCCUGUCGCGCUCGGCCUCGGCAUCGGGCCUGAGGUCGGCGGCGCGCUGUCCGACCACCUCAGCUGGCGCUGGGCCUUCUGGGUCACUGUCCCGUUCGCGGUCGCUGCCAUGCCCGUCAUGUGGUGGUUCCUGCCCCUCAAACCUGUUCCGGGACGGCUGGGGGACAAGCUGCGCGCCGUCGACUGGGCAGGCAGCGUGCUCGGCCUCGCGGGCGUCGUGCUCGUGCUCGUGCCCGUCUCGGCGGGCGGCAGCACAUGGGCGUGGAACUCGAAAGAGAGCAUCGCGCUACUCGUCGUCGGCAGCGUGCUGUGCGUGGCGUUCAUCGUCGUCGAACACUACCACCCGCUCCCAAUCCUCCCUCUGCACCUCUUCCUCAACCGCACCGUGUCGCUCGUCCUCGGCACCAUGUUCCUCGUCGGCAUAGUCUGGUUCGGCCAGUUCUACAUCGCGCCGCUCUACCUCCAGAACGUGCUGGCCUACAGCGCCGUCGAGGCCGGCGCGCUCCUCCUCCCCCUCCUGAUCGGUCAGGCAGUCGUCAUGGCCGGCGUGGGGUACGCGAUGAAGCGCUGGGGCCAUACGCGGGGCAUCAUCCUCGCAGGCUACGGUAUCUGGACGGCGGGGCAGGGGAUGCAGCUCGCGUGGGGCAUCAAGCGCGACCUUGGCGCCAUCCUCGGCGCGUUGCUGGUACAGGGUAUCGGCUUUGGCCUGACCUCGCAGACUACGCUGGUGCUGGCCCAGGCGAGCUGCGACCCCGCCGACCGCGCCGUCGUCACGGGCGCACGUAACCUCUUCCGCACAGCAGGCGGUGCCGCCGGCCUGGCGCUCUCGACGGCGCUCAUCAACGCCGUGUUCGCGCGCCACCUGCCCUCCUCGCUCGCGCCCGACGUCGCCACACAGCUCAAGAACGACGGGUUCGGCCUCGCCAACGUCCCUGACGCCCUCAAGGGAGACGUCACGCACGCGUACUUUAUCGCCCUCCGCGCCGUCUUCAUCCUCUACACGCCUGUCAUUGGGCUGUGCUUGCUCUUGUGCUUCUUUGCGAGCGAUGCCGAGCUUGAGACUCGCCCGGUUCCGCCGGCUGCGACGCAGGCCGAAGACGGUAUCGAGCUGGCUGACCGCAUGACAGCGGCCGAGCCGACAGAUAUCAAGCCGGAUGACGAGGAACCCCAAGCCUCGGACAAGAAGCGCGUUCUGGCCCAUGGCCGUGCUGACGGUGCGGCGGAGAGCGACGCUGAGCCCGGCCCAAGCCGCUACUCUACGCGCCAGUCGAGCCGGCGGCGCCUUAGCGCGCGCGUGGAGACAACGACAUAG